UGUUGGCUGUUGUGAUUUUUGUUCGUGAAUCAUGUUUUAAAAUUGUGAAUAUCUUAAAAUGUCGGUACAAAUAUUAAGUGGACUUAGCCUUUCCGACUUAAACGUUAGAUUCUACGAGUUCAUGAAAAAUGAGAACAAUGCGGUGGACGCUGCAAGCUUUAUUUUCGAUAGCCUUUUGGAGGAUGUCACUACGGGAUUCUUGUUUGAGGCUCACCACGGCUUGAAAACCGGGCUCACGGAGUUGAUAGAAGGGGAGAAAGAAGAUGAAGAGCCGUACAAUAUAGUGAACUCCCCGGAGUGUGAUGUAUUUGGCUUUUCAAUGUUAAAGAAGACUCCUUUCGACUCCAACUGCUCAUGUCCUAACUGUGAUCGUCCUGUAUCGGCCACUCGGUUCGCCCCUCAUCUUGAGAAAUGCAUGGGUAUGGGCCGCAACAGCUCCCGCAUAGCGUCCCGGCGCAUCGCGUCCAACAGCCGCGAGCCGACCUCCUACGCGGGGCUCCUGAGCGACGACGAGGACGACGCUGACUGGGCCGGGGCCUCGCAGCCCGCUGAGAGGAGGAAGAGACGGAUGAAGAACAACAAUAGCAAGAAACCUAAACAGAUGCAUAAUGGCAACAACAAAAGCAACAACGGCACCAAUGCAGAUGCCAAUGAUGGUGGAGCGACAUAUGAAACUAUGACGGCUAACGAGAAAAAGAACCUGCUAUUGGCCAUCUGCGGUGUGGUCUCAGAACACACCAAAAAACUCUGCACCAGGUCGACCCGCUGCCCACAACACACGGAGGAGCAGCGCAGGGCUCUCCGCAACAGUGUUCUAGAGCCUUCCACCCCCGAGUCCCAGACCAUGGGCCUGACAGCCGAGGAGGCGGGGUCUCCUCCAGACUCCUCCCCCUCGUCGUCCUGCUCCUCUUCCAGCAGAAAGAGGGAGAGGCACCGGGCACCGAGGAAGAAUAAGGCUAAGAAGGAUAGAAAUGCAUCUCCUAAUGGCAGGGAUUAAGAUUUUGAAAUGGUUUCUGGUCAAAAGUUGCAGUUUCGUGAGGGUUUUUAAAAUGUAAUCUAGUAACUAUACAUGUGUGUAUCCACUGCACUGUAUAACUAAUUUUAAUUAUGGACUUAUCCCUGUGCUGACAGGCAUAUUAUUUAGGCAUCAUCUAUGUGUAUCCUUAAAUUCCUCUUGGUUAACGGGAUCCGCUGAAUUGCACCUAUAUUUUGACGUGUAACUACACAAGUGUUGCUGAUUUUCCAAGAUAUGGCUGCGACAGCGGAGGCCCUAAUGAUCUGAGCUUUGAAUUGAUGAAUUAUAUAUACUCGUAGUAGAUUUUAUUGGACUACUUAUGGUAAAAAUAAAUGUGAUAUUAGCUGA